AUGACCUCGUUUCGAAGUGCAAUCUUCCUCGGUGUUUCCAUAACUGUGAUUAGUUACUUGUACAACCACUGCACCCAACUACCACCAGUCAUGAGUGGUUCUAGUUCUUUUGAGUUCCGCCCAGUGGCACACACAUACAAAGGUCUCCUUCAGUCUGGUCUUGAACAAGGCUCCUCCUUUGUCGUCUAUCAUGCCGAUAAUAAUGUAGUCAAUUUCCGCGGCGGUUAUACGGAUCUGCGUUUCCUCCUGCCAUGGAGUUCGGAAACCGUCACACAGUCGUUCACCUUAUCAUUGCUCAGUGUUCCGUUCACUUUCGCCUUGUUACGCGAGAGACUGCUUAUCAACCUCACCGAUCCCCUAGCCAAGUACAUACCUUCAUUUUCUGUGCCGGACAUUACUGUAAGUGACUUGCUGACUCAUCAGUCUGGAUUCCCGUAUUUUUUGGAUUUUGUCUCCCUCACCCAAUGGGGAGAAAAUUAUCGUGCUGUAUUGAAAAACAUCACUCAUCAGGUCCCCUCGGUUGCUCCGAAAAAGCGUGUGAUGCACCUACAUUCAUUGGCCUUAUUGGCAGACGCUAUUGUUCGAAAAGUGGAUGCUCGUGAACGUUCACUGGGUCACUAUUUCCUAGAAGAGGUCGUCUGGCCGCUUGGAAUCGACAUUCUUCUUGGGAUCCCCCGGAGCCAACACUAUCGUGCUGCUAGGACAUAUCAUGCUGACUGGUUUUCUGUCUUGCAAGCACUUGUUCGCUUUGACUUCCGAUACCUGUGGACGAAUCUGCGAUCCAACCCAUGGAUGCCCUACGGUGGAAGUCGUGAAAAGACUGUCAAUCUGUUCUCAGACUAUAAGUUGCUUUUGAAUUGGCAUCCGGACCUUCUGGAACUGCCGCUGGCCUCCUCGAACAUGUUCACAAAUGCCCGUGGCUUGGCCCGUCUCUUCCAACUCCUGUUGCCGCAUGCGCGACACGGUUGUCCGCUGCAUCAGGACAACAACAGCGACACCAACCAGAAGUGUUACAAUUUCAACAAUGAAACAGUAAACUGGAUGUUGAGUGCACAUGAUUCUACGGCUUUCGAGGACCCCGUUCUACGACGUCCUUUGGCUCUCACAGCUUCUGGAUUGAUGAUGUCUACGUCACCUGAGGGCAAUCCCAUAUUUGGCAUGUGGGAUGAUAUUAUGGGUCAGAUGGUUUUUUUGGAUCCAGCCAGGCGAUUAACAGUGGCCUAUAUGACCAAUCAUGCACACGGACGAAGUCUUUCCCAGGACCCUAUCAUUUCCUCUUUGGUACAGUCUGUGUAUUCAUGCCUUACAAACCCUGGUGCUGUUUAGUGGCCAGACAGCACCGGGAGCACCCCAUCCACGAAAAUAAAAAAUCCGUUUAUUUUGCAUUUAAAAGCCAAUGUACACAAAAACUUGCUGACCAAUUUUUUUCUGUUUUCUAUCCGUUUAUCCAAGCUUUUUCCCGAUCCAUAAUUGUAGUCCCUGUUCUUUUUCUGAUCCCAUAUCAUAUAUUUAUGUAUCCCGG